AUGUACAUCACCCUCUACUACAUAGUCAUCCGGCUCCCUGACUCUCUUCGCGUAGUCAGGGACCACUUCCCCCAAGUUGCUCCCACCACUCUCACCGUUGACCUCCUCGAGAAGGCCCUUCUAGCGGCAGAGAAGAGAACACUCCCUGUAGGAGCCUCUCGUGGUGACCCUCGCACCCCCGUCUUUGAGGGGUGUUCUUCCUCUCCCCUCUUGCCCUCAGUUGCCUCUGCUGCUGCGGCCGACCUCGUUGGUUUCAAGUCGGUCGGCGCUGCGUCUGCCCCGAGUGGGAAACGCCGCACCGGCAAGGGAAAGGGGGGCAAGGGCGCGGGUGGGGCUGGCGAGGGCGGUGGAGGUGGUGGUGGAGGUAGUGGAGGGAGUGGGGGUGGUGGUGGGAGUGGUGCCGGGGGUGGCGGCGGCAGCGGCAGCAGUGGAGGCGGAGGAGGCGGCGAUGGUGGCGGAGGGAGCAGAGGCGGCGGAGGUGGCGGACGAGGCGGAGGUGGAGGAGGCGGCAGAGGCGGCAGCGGCGGUGGCGGCGGUGGCGGAGCCGGUCGCGACUCUGCGCAGAGGAGUGGCACAGGUGGUGGUCCGCGCCAGCAGCAGCGGAGUGGCGUGACCCUGUCCCCUCAGCAGCUUCGUGAGUGGUACAGUGCACAUCAGCGCGGUGGGGGUUUUGGUCCCUGCACUUACGUCCUCCGUACCGACGACCGAGCUGGUGAGCAGUGCAGUGGCCCGCACUCCACCCAGCGCUGCUUCGGUCGCAUGACGGAUGCGUGGCGUCGCAAGUUCCCUAAGGCGUCAGAGAUCCCUCGCUGGGGAGAUCUGUCUAGGGCGGGGGUUGCCAUCUUUGAUCUUGACUAUGAUGCUAUCCUUGCUGCCAUGUAUUCUGUGACUACUAGUGUUGAGGGUGACUGUUACCUGUGCGUACCGCCUGACCCGGGCAUUGAGGCCGCUGCACUAGGUGCUGGUGAGGCUGCUGCUCUAGGUGCUAGCGAGGCUGCUGCUCUAGGUGCCAGUGCGUCUGCUUCCUCAGGCGCUGGUGAGUCUGCGCUCUCAGGUACCGCAUCGGCUUCAGCCUCCCUCACCUUCACCCUUGACUCAGGGGCUUCUCGCUCCUUCAUUCGAGACCGCACCACACUCACGCCGCUUCGUCGACCACUUGCAGUCUCUCUAGCAGACCCCUCUGGGGGUCCUGUCUUCCUGUUGGUGGUUGACGACUACUCGCGUUACACCACAGUCUUCCCCUUGCGCAGCAAGGGUGACGUCACUGAGGUGUUGAUCGUCUGGAUCCGCGCAGCUCGUCUCCAGCUCAGAGAGAGUUUCGGCUCGGACUUUCCUGUUCUCCGUCUGCACUCUGAUAGAGGCGGGGAGUUUUCCUCUGGCCGUCUGGAAGCCUUCUGUCAUGCACAGGGCAUCCGCCAAACCUUCAUGCUUCCGGCCUCUCCACAACAAAAUGGAAUUGCUGAGCGCCGCAUUGGCAUGGUCAUGGACGUCGCUCGUACGUCCAUGAUGCAUGCGGCUGCCCCCCAUUUUUUGUGGCCGUUUGCGGUUCAGUACGCCGCGCAUCAGCUCAACCUUCAGCCCUUGGUCUCCUUGCCACAGACCUCCCCCGCCUUGCGGUGGACUGGGAAGGUUGGCGAUGCGUCUGCGUUUUGGGUCUGGGGAUCUCGGGCGUUUGUCCGCGACUUGUUUGCGGACAAGUUGUCCCCCCGUGCAGUUCCCUGCGUCUUCCUUGGUUUCCCCCCUGACGCGCCUAGGUGGCAGUUUUACCACCCCACCUCGCGCUGGGUUUUGUCCUCCCAGGACGUCACCUUUGACGAGUCGGUGCCUUACUACCGUCUCUUCCCCUGCCGCACUGCACCCCUCCCCCCGCCGCCGCUCUUCCUUGUGCCAGGUCCUCCCCCGAUAGAACCCCUCCCCCCUCAGGGUCCUGCCCCGUCAGGUGUGUCCCAGGUAGACGCAGUCGAGCCUGUCGAGGUAGCUGUUGACUCUGGUACUGCUAGAGGUGUUGAGCCUGCAGGUGCCGGCCUAGGGGUGCGGAGCUUGUGGGUGCGGAGCGUGGGGGCGCUGGGUCUACUCGUGUGGCCGCCGGCGGUGCUUCGUCGAGGUGGGAGCCGCUCUCUCCACAGGAGCUGCGCGAGUGGUUUGCCCGCCGCUGAAGACGUGCUGCAGAGACUCGGGGUGCCGCUGGGGCUGCUGGAGUUGGUCCUACUAGAGCUGCUAGCGGUGCUCGUGCUGCUGGAGCUGGAGCUGGUGGGGGUGUUGGCGCUGGUGUUUCUACUAGCGCUGGUGCGUGUGGGGGUGCCGCUGAGGCUGCUGGUGCUGACGGUCCUACUGGAGUUGGUGGUGCUGGAGCUGGAGCUGCUGAGGGUGUUGGCGUUGGCGGUGCUGCUGGCGCUGGUGCUUCUGAGGGUACUAGAGUUGACGCUGUCGGAGCUGGAGGUGCUGCUGGCACUGGUGCUGACCAUGCUGUCAGAGUUACAGCCCGCCUCCCCUCUACCUGCUCCUUCUCCCUACACUGGUCCUACUAGAGAGUCCUCUCUUACUACUUUUGCUGAUCCGGAGUCUGACUCCCUUCGUGCUGCUAGUCCUUCGGUCACGCACAUUCUUGCUACUAUUGUCACUGACCCUUCCUUUGAGUCCACUGCUGCGUCUGCCCUAGUUGGUGAGCUUGUCGACUUCGCUGCUCGCUGUCGUCUAGACUAUGCUGCCAGUCUCGUUGCUGAGUCUGAGUCCGUCCGUCCUCCGUCCGUCGGGCGCGACUACGAGCUUCACUCUCUUGACUUCAGCACAGCUUUCCUGCAGGGCAGCCUGCACGAGGAGAUCUGGCUGCGCCGCCCACCUGGCUUCACUGGGUCGGUUCCCCCUGGUACCCAAUGGAGCCUCCGGCGGCUAGUCUACAGUCUCCGCCAGGCACCCUGUAAGUGGCACAACACACUGAGGACUACACUUGCGGCUCUUGGGUUUGCUCCUUCUACACCUAACCCGUCGCUGUAUCUGCACACCGACACCUCUUUGCCGCCGCUCUACAUCCUCGUGUACAUCGACGACUUGGUCUUUGCUACUGCUGACACUGCUGGACUCGCCCACGUGAAGUCUAAGGUGCAGAAGAGACACACGUGCACAGACCUGGGUGAACUGCGCAGCUACCUUGGCUUGCAGAUCACCCGGGACAGAGCUGAGCGCACCAUUACCCUAACUCAUUCACACAUGGUGCAGCAUGUCCUUCAGCGCUUCGGCUUCACGUACUCCUCGCCUCAGGCCACUCCUCUGUCUACUCGCCACCCGCUCUCAGCUCUGCCUUCGGAUGAGUCCGUAGAGUCGAGUGGCCCGUACCCAGAGCUUGUUGGCUGCCUCAUGUACCUGAUGACCUGCACACGACCUGACCUUGCAUACCCUCUCAGCAUCUUGGCACGCUAUGUUGCUCCUGGGAGACACCGACCAGAGCACAUGGCUGCAGCCAAGAGGGUGUUGCGUUAUGUGUGCAGUACGUCGGGCAUGGGGCUAGUGCUUGGAGGGCGACGUCGAGUGGUCCUCACAGGUCACGCUGACGCUUCUUGGGCUGACGACCAGGCUCUGCAGCGGUCGUCACAGGGUUACACCUUCAGCCUUGGCUCCGGCCCUGUUUCGUUGCGGUCUACCCGCUCGUCUUCUGUUCUCACCUCCAGCUGUGAGGCUGAGAUCUACGCAGGGGCCAUGGCUGCAGAGGAGCUAUGCUGGCUCACCUACUUGCUGACUGACCUAGGAGAGCCGCCUCGUUCUCCUCCAGUUCUUUACGUAGACAACAAGGCUAUGCUGGCCUUGUGUCGGGAGGAGAGACUGGAGUACAGAACAAAGCACAUUGCUCUCCGCUACUUCCUGGCUCGUGAGCUGCAGCAGCGUGGUCAGCUCUGCCUCACCUACGUGGCCUCUGAGGCCAACACUGCUGAUAUCUUCACCAAGGCCCUUCCGCCUUGUGAUCAUCAGCGCUUCUGUACUUUGCUAGGUCUUGUGCCUAUCUGGCCUUACUUGCUCACUUCUUGA